AUGGCGGACAGUGGCGAUGAGGGGAGCUUGCCCUCCCCUUCAGACGAUACAAUUCCAACCGCUGUUUACGGUCCUCGAAUAGUACAUAUAACAAAGACAGAAACAGGCUUCGGCUUUAAUGUUAGAGGACAAAUUAGCGAAGGAGGGGUGUUGAAAUCUAUUGCCGGAGUACUCUAUGCACCCCUCCAACAUGUGAGUGCUGUUUUAGAAGGAGGGGCAGCCCAGAAGGCUGGGAUACGAAAAGGAGACCGCAUCUUGGAAGUGAACAAUGUGAAUGUAGAAGGCUCCACCCACAAACAAGUGGUUGAUCUGAUACGUUCUGGAGGGGACCGUCUCACCCUGACAGUGAUAUCGGUGCCAGAGCAGGUGGCGGAGAAGCUGGAGCCAAGUGAUGACUCCUCUGGUCCGUCCUACAUUGAUUACUCCGAGCGACGAUCUCUCCCCAUUUCAAUACCAGACUAUCACACAGUAGAAAAAGAUGGAGAAAAAUUUGUUGUUUACAAUAUCUAUAUGGCCGGUCGCCACUUGUGCUCCCGCAGAUACCGGGAAUACGAUGCCCUUCAUCAGAACCUUAAGAGAGAAUUUCCAGACUUCAACUUCCCCAAACUCCCUGGCAAAAAGAUUUUCCAUUUGUCAGAACAGCAGCUUGACCAAAGACGCCGUGGACUUGAACAAUACUUGGAGAAAGUGUGUGCAGUACGGGUCAUUGGAGAGAGUGAGAUCAUGCAGGAGUUCCUGUCGGCCGAUGGAGGGGAGUCGGAUGAUGCCAACAGUGAGGUGGAGCUGAAGGUGUUGCUCCCGGACCGCAGCCUCUGUGUCGUCACCGUGCAUCGGUCCGACAACGCUGAUGAUGUGUACCAGGCGGUGGUAGACAAGCUGCAGCUGGAAGAGAAUGUAGCAGCCUGCUUCUACCUUUUUGAAACCGUGGAAUACAACUUUGAACGGAAGCUGCAGCCACAUGAACUGCCCCACAACAUCUACAUCCAGAACUACAGCACCGCAACAGCCACGUGUAUUGUCCUCAAGAAGUGGGUGUUCACGCUGUCCAAGGAGAUGAUGCUAAACGCGUGUGAAAAGGCAGUCAGCUUCCUCUACUGGCAGGCAGUAGAUGAGGUGAACCGAGGCCAGAUAAAGACUGGCGACAAGUUGUAUGAGUUGAAAGCAUUACGAGAGGCAGCCAAAGCUCAUGAGUACCUGAAGGUUGUGCGUCACCUGGACGGCUAUGGGGAGGUCGUGUUCCCCCAUUGUGCGUGUGACUCCCGCCGAGAUGGUCAUGUGAUUGCUAUCAUUGGUCUGGAGAGCUUCAAGUUACAGGCGUGUAAGGAUGACGGGCAGCCAGAGUCACAGGUGAUUGAAUUCUCCUGGAAGGAUGUCCGAUCAUAUGAGGUAGACGAGGAAGGAAUGUCCUUUAAUUUCGAGUACGACAGACCUGGGAAGAAACCGAGGAUAGUCAAAAUAUUUACACAAUAUAGCUAUUUUAUGAGUGAUUGUUUCGAUCGAAUAUAUGAAGAAUUGGAUUGGGAGAAAUAAGUUAAGCUGGUGAUGCUAGGCUGUGCCAACUGAUGAGUGUGAAUCAAAACGGAACGUGAUAUGAGUGUCUGCUGGUGAUUCAGAAAUGUUCUGUAAACCUCGACAUGUGAUACCUUUAACUUACAUGUGAUGCUUACGUGACGAGACAGAUGGGACAAGCACAGCAACAUCCAGCACAAACCAUUUCUCCGUCUCCUUCCUUCUUCACAAGCGGGUCAUUAGCUCUCGGCCUCUCCAUCAUAACUGGGACUACUUUGGAUGGGAGAGGGACUUCAAGAGACAGUGGAGUUUCAAAGAAAACUGGAUUCUAGGCUUUUCUGUGACACAAGCCAUGUUUUACAAAUCAGGAGAUAAACUUGAGCAAUGUUUUCAUGUUGGAACUGUUGCAAGGAUGUUGGGUUUAAGUUUGUAUUCUACUCAAAAAGAGUUAAGGACACCGAAUCUUGCAUAUGUCUAUAGUAAGUCUGCCAUGCCAUGACACAUUAACUAUAGUGAUAUGAAAGAAUCAGGUGGCCCUGAACCUUUUUUAAGUAGUAUAUUAAGAGGUUUCUUGACCUUUUGGUCUGGGCUGAAUUUAUUUUAGCAAACGGAUUGGGCAUCAAAUGCAUUGUUUACAGUGUCUGCAACAAUUUGUCACUGUGCACACAUGCACCUGUUAAUGGAGUGAGGUUAUGCUCUUCUUUUGUUUUCUGAUUGAUAGGAUCUCUUAUUCUGUUUGCUUUGACAGUCCUGAUGAUUUUCUGUUUUUUUGUAUUUAAGUUUGCGUCUGAAGCAGGGGACAGGUUGUGGUGAAGUUGCUGUGGUACCGAGAGUGUCACUCUUGUGUUGUGUUACAUCUAUGCACAUCGCUGUACUGGCACUGCCAUGUAUCAAUAUGCCCCUCCCAAGCUUCUGGUGGAAAUAUUGCAGGAUUCAGUCGAGUAUCUCUCACUAAAGUUAGCUAUCAUCCCAAUGACUCUCUGUAUAAAGAUUUUUUCAUAUGAAAUCAAUCCAUACAUUUCAUUCUCAAACUGUUUGACAAGUAAUUGUAAUGACAUUCUGGCAGACUAUUUUUCCAUGAGUAGAUGAUAACAUGAGUACACAACUACUAGAAUGCCCGCCUACUUAUGUCCCUGUGUCACCUAGCUGGUACAGUGGAACCUUUCUAAACCAGACUUCAGUGGUCCAGUGUAGACGGAGGUUCGGAUGAGUGGGUUAUUGCAGGAGAUAAAGAAACAGAAAAUAAAGAGAACGUUGAAAGAAAUAUUACACCUGAUAGUAAAUUCAGGACCAUAAAUGUGGUCCAGUAUUGACAGAAAUCUGGAUUAGUCAGAUUCUGGUUUUGACAGGUUCCACUGUAGUGUGUGUCUCUGUGGCUCCGUGUAUGGUAUAACUACACCCUCUGUACUGGGGAGACUUCAUCAUGCAUCUUGAGUAGGCAGCAGAACCAAGAUACGUACUGCCACAGCAAGGAUCACAGUGACUCUUGGUUCAUGACUGGCUGUAGUCAGGAUCACAAGCAGAGGGCACCAUGUGUAGGAUAUCACUGCAUCAAGCCGUAGCACAUCAAGUAAUAUUAUCAUAACUUUUUAAAAUAUUUAUUUGCUAUUCAUCAUUAGCAGUUUUCAAUUCAGCUUACUAUCAGGGUUGUUAUCAAGACCUGUUUCAAAAUGCUGUAUUUUUUGCUGAAAUUACAGUAAAGUAAUCAUGGUGUAUGGAGGGCUUCUGAAACACAGUUUUUGUGUAGAAGCUGCUGGACAAGGACAAGUUCUUGUGGAUAAACAACUUUAUUACAAUUAAGGCAAUGUUUAGGUGGAGAUAAAUACUUGUUGAUAACAGUGUUAGAAUCUACAUCAAAACAUCGCCUCAUGUGUAAUAAAGUAGUUAUUAUCAAGAGCUUGUCCUUGUUCAUCACACCAACCUCAACACCAACCUCAAAAAAGUGAAAAAAACAGGGCGCCGUUCCAUAAAGUGAUCGUAGUGCUAAGUCGAUCGUAAGUCCCAUACUUUAACACAGACUUAUGACUGUCAUACUGCUAAGGUGAUCGUAAAUCCCAUACUUAAACAGACUUAUGACAGUCGUAGCGCUAAGUUGAUCAUAAAUCCCAUAGUUUAACAGACUUAUGACAGUUGUAGCUCUAAGCUGAUCAUAAAUCCCAUACUUUAUCACAGACUUACGACAGUCAUACUGCUAAGGUGAUCGUAAAUCCCAUACUUAAACACAGACUUAUAACAGUUGUAG